GUAUGCUGUAGAUCUUUCUUCUAGUCACAAUUCCUUCCAAUAUAAUAUUCAACUCAAAAUAAUGAUAAGAUACAGUGUUAUAGAUAUUAAAGUAUAAAUACAAGGCUCUCCCUGUCUCUGGUUUUAUCACUCCUUUUAUUUAGUCAAAUAUCCAAAUCAAAAUCUGUGUUCCUACAUCCCCUUCCUCUCUAUUUCACUCAGGUUUUUGGUUCAGUAUUGGAUUUGUUUACUACAUGGUUAUGGAUCCUGGUUUCAGUGAUGUGUCUGAAGUGUUGAAGGGUUUUGGAUUUGAUAACGAGUUAGUUUCACCCGAUUGUGAUCAAUCUCCAGACAUUGCAAAUGGGUUCAAGUUUGAAGACGAAACUUUAGGUCUUAGUUUGUCGGAUAUUCCUUUUGAAUCACCAGGUCAUGUCCCUAGGAGUUGUAAACCAACUUCUGGUCUUAGUUUAUUGGAUAUUCCUACUAAUCCACCAGAUCCUGACCUUAAAAAUGCGACACCAUCUACUGGCAGUUCGGAAACAAAUUCUUCUGAUGAUGGUUUGUUUUCUGACGGUGUGCUGAAGUUCCUUAACCAGAUACUUAUGGAAGAUAAAAUUGAGGAGAAGCCUUGCAUGUUUCAUGAUCCCUUGGCCUUGCAAGCAGCUGAGAAAUCUUUCUAUGAUGUCAUUGGCAAGGAAUACCCUGCUUCUUCCCAACAGCCCGUGAAUGUAAACUGCUGUCUUGAAAGCCCAGAUGGAAACUUUAUGGGAAGCUCAAACGUCAGUAGUAGUGGUGGAAACUACAUUGGUACCCAGUGGGUUGGUGACUCAACAUAUCACAGUACAUCACCAAAUUCACAGAGUUAUCCUCAAGAGAGCAAUAUGCAAUGGUCAUUAAGUUCAGUAGAAAGCUUCAAUAAUAGUGUCAAUGACCCGGCAAAUCUUGCAGCAAGCACCGAUUUGAUUCAAAGUAUAUUUAAUGAUAGCGAGUCGAUAUUACAAUUUAAUAGAGGAAUGGAGGAAGCUAGUAAAUUCCUUCCUAACAGUACGCAGUUAGUUAUUGACUUGGAUAACUAUGGGUUGCCUUCAGAUAAGAAAGAAAUUCAACAGGAGGUCGUCAAGGAAAUUGAACAAGAGGUCGUCAAGGUAGAGAAGGACGAGGACAGCACCCCUACUUCAAAGGGGAGGAAACAUUAUCAGCGACAGGAUAGUGUUGUCUAUGAGAGGAAUAAGAAGCAUUCGGAAGUUUAUGUGGAAGAGGAGACUGAGUUAUUAGCAAUGUUUGAUAGAGUUCUGCUGUGUGGGCCUCCAGAAAAAAAAGAAGCAAGUGAAAUUGGCCCAAUCUUGCAUGAAAAUGAGCAACCUGGACCCAAGGGUGGAAAGAGUCGGUCUAAGAAAAAAGGCAAUACGGCUAAAGAAGUGGAUUUGAGGACUCUUCUGAUCAGUUGUGCACAAUCUGUCGCUGCAGGUGAUCGAAGGACUGCAAACGAACAACUAAAGCAAAUCAGGCAGCACUCAUCUGCUACCGGUGAUGCAACUCAAAGGUUGGCUGAUCUAUUUGCUAAUGGCCUUGAAGCCCGCAUGGCUGGCACAGGAACCCAGAUCUAUGCAGGCCUAGCCAACAAGAAGAUCACAGUUGCUCAGAAAUUGAAAGCAUAUGAGGUUUAUCUCUCAGCUAGUCCUUUUAAAUAUAUAUCGAUGUACUUCAUAAAUAAAACGAUUUUAGACAAGUCUUCAAAUGCUGCAACCCUCCACAUUAUAGAUUUUGGUAUCCAGUACGGUUUUCAGUGGCCCAUGCUUAUCAAACUUCUCUCAAAACGAUCUAAUGGGCCACCUAACCUUCGUAUUACUGGCAUAGAGUAUCCACAACCAGGCUUCAGACCGGCAGAAAGAGUGGACGACACAGGGCGUCGCCUGGCUAAUUAUUGUGAGCGUUUUAAAGUCCCUUUUGAAUAUAAUGCUAUAACAACACAGAAGUGGGAAACAGUUAAAAAGGAGGAUCUCAACAUUCGGGGCGGUGAGUUUGUUGCUGUAAAUUGUCUUCACCAGUUUAAAAAUCUGGCUGAUGAGACAGUUGUGCUGGACAGUCCGAGGGAUGCUGUUCUAAAACUGAUUAGGAAGUUGAAUCCUGAUAUCUUUCUUCAUGGUGUAAUUAAUGGAAGCUAUAAUGCUCCCUUCUUUGUUACACGUUUUCGGGAAGCCCUCUUUCACUAUUCUGCGUUGUUUGAUAUGUUCGAGAACACUAUACCACGUGAAAACAAGCAGAGAUUGGAUUUUGAGAGAGAGUUCUAUGGGCGUGAAUGUAUAAAUGUGAUUGCAUGUGAAGGCUUAGAAAGGGUUGACAGGCCAGAGACAUACAAGCAAUGGCAAGUACGCAACCUGAGGGCUGGGUUCAGACAACUUCCACUGGACCGGGAACUUAUAGAAAGUUUAAGGUCCAAGGUCAAGUCAGGGUUCCACAAAGAUUUCGUUUUUGAUGAAGAUGGUAACUGGAUGCUGCAAGGGUGGAAAGGUCGCAUACUUAAUGCUGUUUCCUGUUGGGUACCUGCAUAGAGGUUGUGACUGGUUAUGAAAUAGAAAGUCGGAGUCCAAAGCUAUGAUCUUGAGGUCUUUUGUAAGGUUUUAAGAUAUAUAUUUAUAUCUUCAAAAUUUUGUUCUCAAGUCAGCCUCUAGAUAUGUAUUGCAUUUUCAUUCCUGGUGUGUAAGCUUAUCUUUUGAUUUUGGUUUAUGUAGCUCAUUAGUCUAGUCAAAAUGGUCUUUAAAGCCAGAAGUUUCCUGUCAUAAAACAUUGUUUGUGCACCUUGUAACAUACAGAGAGAUAAUAACAUGUAGAAUGAUGCUGGAACAUAAAGAGAUAUAGAAAUUGUCUGUAAUUUAUCUC